AAAAUUUUCAUGAAAUUCAGCGAAUUUUUCUAUUCGGAAAAAAUUAAAUAAAAAUAAAAGUUAAACCAAGUUAAAGUUAAUCUAUAUUUGUAAAAACGGAUAUUGACCGUCGAAAUACGAUACCACAGUAUAAGAAAGUAUAUUGUGACGACACGCUGGAUCGAUAAUGAAAAAGAAUUAAAUUUAAAUCUCUGGAGCAUACUUUGGAAAUCAACUUCAUGAGACAGUAGUGACAUCUCGUUGGGACGAGUAAUGUUGGCUGCAUGCGACAAUCUCGGCAGAUUCAGAUGAAAUAGAUGGAUUCAGAUCGAAUACAGCGCAAGUGUUUUGUGUUUAAUUGUUCAAAUUUUUACAAUAACAAUGGAGUGUAUGGUAGCGAACGUGGAGCAUAUGCGAUUUGACAUUGAAGAAGCUCUCGACGAACAGUAUGGUGCUCUUCCAUUACCUUUCACCGGCAUGGACAAAUCAAUUGCCGCAGUAUGUCAGUUUUAUCCAAGAGGCACCUGUAAUAAAGGAGCUUCAUGUCCCUUCAGGCAUGUUCGUGGCGAUCGCACAAUAGUAUGUAAACAUUGGUUAAGAGGUCUUUGCAAAAAAGGUGAUCAGUGUGAAUUCUUACACGAAUAUGACAUGACAAAAAUGCCAGAAUGUUAUUUUUAUUCUAGAUUCAAUGCAUGCCACAACAAGGAAUGUCCAUUCUUACACAUAGAUCCUGAAACCAAAGUCAGAGAUUGUCCAUGGUAUGAUCGUGGUUUCUGUAGGCAUGGCCCAUUGUGUCGACAUCGGCACGUCAGACGUGUUCUAUGCAUGGCUUACUUAGCUGGUUUCUGUCCAGAGGGGCCAAAUUGCAAAUUCAUGCAUCCAAGAUUCGAAUUGCCAGCGGUGCAAGACAUGCAACCAAAAGAGGGCAAAAAAGUGAUGAUUACGUGUCACUUUUGUGGGGAAGGCGGUCAUAAAGCGAUCUAUUGCAAUAAAAUGCCGCCCGAUGUACGGGAAGCUCAAGUCAGACAAGAACUUGAUAACAAUUCUCACCCGUCACAUCAUCAUAUGAACAUGCACAAUGGACCACCACCGCCAAGAGGGCCGCAAAAGCCGCUCGAAGAAGUAACGUGUUACAAGUGUGGACAGAAAGGUCAUUAUGCCAAUAAGUGUCCAAAAGGUCAUUUAGCAUUUUUGAGUCAUGCGGGUAGUGGAGGUGGUACACAGAAUCAGAAUUACCGAAGAAAUGGACAUUGGAAUAAGGUUUUGUCAGAGCAAAAAAUGCUUGUCAGCCCGAUAUUCACGCAAAACAACGGAGCUUGCAAAUGUAUGUUCCGAUUUGGAAUUGUGAACUCGAUACCGGCUAACUUGACAAUUGUUAUCGAGAGACGCGGUAGUCUCGCGUCAAGUAAACGCACAGCGAGAAGAAACCGCGUCUCUUUACGCGAGUCAACGACUUCAGAGCACACGAGAUUAUCAGAUUAGUAUAACGGUUAAACCGAUCAAGUUCUGAGUAAUCUUAAACGAUAGCUGGAUAAAAUUGCAUAGGUACAUAUACGCAAAAGUAUGCCAAGAACCGACUCGGUACCGCCCGCCGGAUCGAGAAGCAAUUGGGACUUAGAU